CCUACUCACCUUGAACAUCACACGGCCCAGCUGUCUGUUGGUAACCGCCCACAAAGUUACUCAGCCAGGUGACAGCUGAGCCAACAGGCAAACUACACGACUCCGACCUACGCUGCCGAGCAGACAACAUAGAGACAUAAAUCUGCGCCUGACAAGUAAGAUUACAGAGCCGCCGUUAACAUGUCAGAGCCCGCUGGGGAUGCAAAGCUGGAAGUGAAGCAGGCGAGUAAAGAGGUGAAAGAGAGUGAAAACGCUGCGGAAAAAUUCUCUGCCAUGACAGUGAGCAAAAACAGCGAAAUGAACAUGGGAGAGCUGUCGGCGGCGUUCAGCGCUGUGCCCACUCACAAACCAGUGAAAAAGCAAAUUCAGUUUGUGGAGGAAAAGCAGGAGUUCAGCAGGUUCCCCACCAAAGCAGGUCGACGCUCGCUGUCCCGCUCCAUCUCUCAGUCAUCCACUGACAGCUACAGCUCUGCUGCAUCCUAUACGGAUAGCUCUGAUGAUGAGACCUCACCACGGGACAAAACGCAGGUCAACAGCAAGGGCAGCAGCGACUUCUGCGUCAAAAAUAUCAAACAGGCUGAAUUCGGCAGACGUGAGAUUGAGAUAGCAGAACAAGACAUGUCAGCUCUGAUCUCACUCAGGAAGCGAGCACAAAGUGAGAAACCGUUGGCAGGUGCCAAGAUCGUGGGCUGCACUCACAUCACUGCACAGACUGCAGUGCUGAUUGAGACUCUUGUGGCGCUCGGGGCUCAGUGCCGAUGGACUGCAUGUAACAUAUACUCCACGCAGAAUGAAGUCGCUGCUGCCCUGUCAGAAAUGGGUGUGGCUGUAUUUGCCUGGAAGGGGGAGUCUGAAGAUGACUUCUGGUGGUGUAUUGACCGCUGUGUCAACACUGAGGGCUGGCAACCCAACAUGAUCCUUGAUGAUGGAGGAGACCUGACUCACUGGGUGUACAAGAAAUACCCCAAUGUCUUUAAGAAGAUUCGGGGGAUUGUGGAGGAGAGUGUUACUGGAGUUCACAGACUGUAUCAGCUCUCCAAAGCUGGGAAACUGUGUGUGCCCGCCAUGAAUGUCAAUGACUCUGUGACAAAACAGAAAUUCGACAACCUAUACUGCUGCAGAGAGUCGAUCUUGGAUGGCUUGAAGAGAACCACAGAUGUCAUGUUUGGAGGCAAACAGGUGGUCGUAUGUGGAUAUGGUGAGGUUGGAAAAGGUUGUUGUGCUGCUCUGAAAGCUUUGGGAGCCAUCGUUUAUAUUACUGAGAUUGAUCCCAUCUGUGCCCUGCAGGCCUGCAUGGAUGGCUUCAGGGUGGUCAAACUGAACGAGGUCAUUCGCCAGGUUGAUGUCAUCAUCACAUGCACUGGCAAUAAAAAUGUGGUCACCAGGGACCAGCUGGAUCGAAUGAAAAAUGGUUCUAUUGUUUGCAACAUGGGACACUCCAACACUGAGAUCGAUGUGGCAAGUCUUCGGACCCCUGAGCUGACCUGGGAGAGAGUCCGCUCUCAGGUGGACCAUGUCAUAUGGCCCGAUGGCAAGAGAGUUAUCCUCCUGGCUGAGGGUCGUCUUUUGAACCUCAGCUGUUCCACCGUCCCUACCUUUGUCUUGUCCAUCACGGCCACCACUCAGGCCCUCGCUCUCAUAGAGUUGUACAAUGCUCCAGAGGGACGGUACAAACAGGAUGUGUACUUGCUGCCAAAAAAGAUGGAUGAGUACGUGGCCAGCUUGCAUCUGGCCACUUUUGACGCCCAUCUAACAGAGCUUUCUGAUGAGCAGGCAAAGUAUCUGGGUCUAAAUAAGAAUGGCCCAUUUAAACCAAACUACUACAGGUAUUAGGAAGUGAAAUGUACAACAGAAUUUCCAAUAUGAAGACAAAUUCUUCUUUCCUGUACUCCAGACAAGUGAAGGAUUCAUGUAUACAUUUUUUUCCCCAUUUUUUCUGGGUAUGCACACCCUUACAUAGAUGCAUUUUGUGCAGCCACAGCAAGUUUUGCUUUACUUGCUGCAGAUGUUGCAUGUGUUACUCGGCUGAGUAUGAAAAGUUAGUGUAAUUACAGCACUCAAAUGUCUGAUAAGAGUUUUAUUGCAUGCAUAUCUAAACCUGCUGGUUCCUGUGUGAUCGCUAUUGAAUAAUGUAUAACUAUUGUGCCAAAUGACUGUGAGAAUAAGGGGUUAUAGUUUCUCUAAAAUACUGAUGAUCAGAAAUGAUUUUAAACCAACACGGAUACUAUUUUUUAAAACCUAAAUGUAUUUCCACUGUAGUCCUUCCUGUAACGCAAAAACAAAUGUAACAUCCACAACACUCUGCUGCUCAUUGAACGUUUUUUUCAUGAAUCCCUUUGCUGAAAUUUCCAAUUUCAUGAAAUGAACUGACAUAUAACCUUCUUGGGAAAACAAAACAAGUUUUGUUCAGGUAUAUGUGGACCAAAUCUGAGGUGAAAAAGCAACAAAUUGCAGACUUAAAAUCCGUAUGUAGCAAGGCUACACAUGACUCUAAUUGGAUGUUUCUCUGCUACCAGAUCUUAAAGGAGGUAGUUGGUUGCUUCGAGAUGAGCCAUAAAACUUGUAAAUCCCGGCUUUUUGCUGCUUUUGAGUAUUUCUGCCAUUAAUUGGCCUAAACUCUUUCAUUGCUGCUGAAGAAUUUCGUUCUACUUUAAUAAUGAAGCACUUUUUCACAUAAAACAUUCCGUCUACCAGAGAAAAAGGACAGAAGAUAUGUCCUGACCUUUAAAGCAUCAUCACCUUGAUUGCUGACAUGCAAAUCAUGUUUUUUUUAAGUUUGGUCAUUUAUGUUUUUGAAAAAUGUCCAUCUAUGAGGUUUUGUCUUUGGAAAUAAUAUUUCCUACUCCUCAGGGCAUUCAGAUCUAAAAAAGGAUAUGUAAAUAUUUAUUUUCUUUUUAGCAGAUCUGCAUUAUAUAAUCACAGUAUCUAUGUCUAUUCUCACAUUCUUUUGAAAAUGUUAGUUACAGUUGUAUGGCUAAUAUUUAAGGUUUUGAUACUGACGUGUUCACCAUGCACUGUUCACGCCUUAGAAAUAAUUUACGGUAAUAGGGAUCUGUAUUCUGCAUUUCAGCCUUGUUUUUUUUGUUUUUUUUAACUGUACACAUAACAACGUUUAAUGGACUCCUCAAUGUAUUUCUCACGGACUCUUGACUUGUUUUAAGUAGAGGAUAUCUGCUUUUUCUAUUAAUGGUCUGUGAUAACUGAGAAGUCAAAGCCUAAAAUAUUCUGAAACGUUAGUUUUUCUCACUUUAUCUGCACCUUUAUCCUAGCAGAUGUGUUGUCUUUACCUUCUGUGUCAUCUUGUGGUAUGAUAAUGUAAGGAUUUUAGUACACAAUUUUAAUGUUCCCCAGUAAUCUGUAUUAUUUGAAAGGCUUCAGCACUGUUUUGUGAGGCUCGCAAAAUACACAUAACAUUUACCCAUAUAUUCAUAUGCCAUACAUUUUAUAUUGAGGGUACAUUCAAUGGCUUGAUUGAGUGAUUUGUUUUAGUGUGCAUGUUGCUGUGUCCUUCUGAAUUUAAAACUCUUAAACACAUUUCAAAAUGCUGUUUUUUAUGCUGGCGUCUUUAAGAUGACCCUAAUCUCGACAGUUACUGUCUCUAAAGAAAGUCUUGAUUUAAAUAUACAGGUACUUGCUGUAUUUAAUUUGUCCUGUCAUUUUAAAUGAACAAGCUGAUUUGACCUGUUUUCUUCUGUUGGUUAUGGAACAGUAGCCCACAUAGCACUACUGUGAAAUACUAACAUCUUUGCACUAACAGCUUUAGGGGCAUUUGAGCCAGGGACAUUAAGUGAGGACAUCUUUGUCAGCAUAAUGGGUGCUGUCACCAUGGUUACUUGUCAAUCUGCAGUAUACAGUGAAAGCUAUGCAGAAAAACGCCCUCAUUCUUUCUUCAUUCUGAAGUCAUUUACUUCUGAGGCUGGGGUUAGUUGUUAAUCAGUGUUCAACCCUUUAAAAUAAUCCAAAUAUUUUUAGCCUAUAGCAAAUAGAUAAAUAGAUUUUUACUUUCACCUUUUGAAAAAUUCUCACAGUUGUAUGUUUUACCUUCCUGUUUUUUAAUUAGCUUUUUUUGUGAUCAACCAGAAUUACUCUGCCUUCACUAAAAUAAGUGGUCAAAUGUGUUUUAUUUUAUGAGACAAAUGAAUGUGUGCAAACAGCUUGACAGCAUACACUGUGAUUUGACUGCACAACAUUGCUGCAUUUGGAUCCAAGUUUCUGUUAAUUAUAUAUCAGCUUUAGUGUUUCCUGUACUCAAUGCUGUCUGUAGUUUGAAUGAUUUAAUCAGUCUACACCGUGUUAGGUUUUCUGUGCACAGUUUUCUUUAAUAAAUAAUUAUAAUUUAAAAUAGACUGAUGCAUCAUUUCAUUCCCACGUGCCUGCUUUCCAUGUGAAGAGUUACUGGAGCUUGUCUUGAUAGAUCCAGGAAGUAGCAUCAUGUCUUGUUGUCCUCCCAAACAUUUUUUAAUUGCCAUGAAGACUGUCCAAAUGGGAACACAAAGAAUAAUUUGUUGAUUUGAA